CUCCCGUGUUUAGUUUAACACUGGACUAAAACUCUAAUUUGGACUUCUCAAACCUGCAGAUUGGAUGAAAUACUAAGUAAGGAUAGGCAAGCUGGAAGAGUUAUGGAGCCUCCCAGAAGUCCAGGGCUGUACACUGUUAUUGUGCCCCAGUCUGAAGCUUCUGACAUUGUGGAUGCACAGAUAUUGGCACACUCUCUCAGAGUGCACGUGGACGGAAUUGUUUUCACUGUGGACAAGGAAUUGCUGGUCCUGAAUUCAGCGUACUUCCGAGCUCUUUUUCGGUCUGGGAUGAGGGAAAGUCAUCAGAAUGAGCUCUAUUUGCAGGGAGGACUAAGGGCAAGGGGUUUCCUCAUAGCACUGACUGUUGCAAAGGGUGAGCAGCCAAUUAUCAGUGACCCUGAUGAGAUUGUGGAAGCUGUUGAGUGUGCUGCCUUUCUUCAAGUAGACACCUUGAUGCAGUAUCUUAUAGACAUCAUAGAUACAGACAACUGCUUUCUCCUGUGCCACACAGCAGCUGUGUUUGGCCUGCUAAGAGUGUUUCACAGCGCAGCAGUUUUUAUCCGUGAUUCCUACCGGGAUCUGAAUGAAGCAGCACAGUUUUUGCCAGAGGAGAUGAUUCGCUAUGUGGAGUCUCUCACACCUGCUUCUUUCAUUGCUAUGGGUACACAUUCACCCUCAAUGAAAAUCCUGCAGGACUCCUCCAGGACCGUGUGGUACCUGAAAGAGGAUCAAGGAGUCUGGAAGUACCUGACUGACCUUCCCACAGAGGCCAGCACCUCCAUGGCAGGGAUAGCUGUGGCAGAGAACCGGCUGUAUGUAGUUGGAGGUGUGCGAUCGCACAACAUGGAAACGGUGGACUCCAGUUAUUGUUAUGACACAGAGAGCAACUCUUGGAGUGUUUUUGAUGGACCUCAGCAGCCUAGAUACAACUUCACACUUGUGGGAUAUGAAGGAAACUUGUAUGCCUUUGGUGGUGAAUACGAUAAGAUAACAAUGUCUUCAGCAGAAGUGUGUGAUGUUUCAGUGCGCAAGUGGACUUUUGUGAAAAAUGCCCCAUGUCCCGUGGCAGGAGCAGCAAGCACUGUGGCCCGAAGGAGGAUUUUUGUUUGUUUCUGGAAGCCACCGAAUACUACAGAUAUCUAUGAAUAUAUACCAGUCAAGGAUGACUGGAUCCUGACUACAACUAUGAUACAUUAUCAGAGUUAUGGCCACUGCAUGGUGGCGCAUGGUGACAAACUGUAUGUCAUGAGAAAUGGUAAUUGUGAUGACUUCUUACGCUGCCUAAUGGACUGCUACAACAUCACCACAGGCCAGUGGACAUCUAUGCCAGGGCAUUAUAUCAACAGUCGUGGAGCCCUGUUUACAGCUAUGGUGAGAGGGGACUCAGUGUUCACAGUGAACCGCAAUCUGACACUGGAAUACCUGAUUUGUGGUGAUAAUUGGAAACCACACAGACAGAUGUUGGGUUUUCCAAAAAGUGGAUCACUCUGGACAUGCAUGCUCAGACUUCCCAGGACUGAAAAUAAAGAGGAAAUAAAUACUAGUGCUGAACCACUGGAGAUUGCUUCUAAUGUUCAAAACAAGGCUGACAAUGUAUACCGUGUGUAACAUAGCACGAUGUAAGAUUUCUAUACUUGUGUGCCUAAUAUUUGUCUUGUUAAUUUAUUUGUGUUGUUACCUGUAUAUAUUGAGAAUACUGUGAUUGCAACUGAUUUGGAUAUAAAUCAAGUGGACUACAAAAGGGGGAAACUGUUCAAGGUGUUCUAGGGAAAAUCUCUUGCUUUCUAUCACUACCUCACUUAUGCACAUGAACAGCACAAGCACUUUAACAGUGGUUUUCAAAUAGCUGAUGCAGGUGUUGUUAAUCACUGACAGCACCCUGUGGAUCUGUACUGUAGAUGGAUCUGGAGUUCAAAGACUUCUCACUUGGCUCCACUAAUUCUCUUCAUCCUCCUGUAUUUCUAUGAGCCUGACUACAACAACCCACAGAACAGCAGACACUUAAACAACACCCUCUUUACAAACCUUGUCACUGAAAGUGAUUACAGCAUUUAUAAAAACUAGAGAAAAAUAAAUAAUAAUCAAAAUUUAAAGUCAUUGAUAAUUGUUUGUGUAGAAGUAUGGGCUUAAAAACUAAGAUCGAGAAAAAAAUUAAUUCAGCUUCUACACAUGUAAUAAACAACAGAUACAAGUAGAAGUCACUUUUAUACAAAAUAUGUCUGUGUAAAACAUUACCAUGCAAUAUACUGUAUGACCCUGAGAAUGGUCGAUUUCUAUUUGCCUAGUCUAAUACUGUAAUUGUUUGCUUUGCUUAGCAUCUCAAUUUUUAUACAGUGGAGUGCAAAAGUUUGUAUCCCCCUUAGAUUAAAGCUGCAUGCAUUGGCAACAGCUUUUGGCAAAAGAUUCUUAUGUCAAUAUGCAGAAACACAGACACACACACACACACACACACACACACAAGAAAACUAAAAUUAAAUAUCCAUACUCUUACUCCAUCGUGACCGGGGUGAAACUGAAACCGUGUUAGGUGUUUGUCUAAGCGACUGAGCAACUUCUUGUCAUAAUGAUCAUAUGUUCCAUUAUUGAAUGAUUUGCCUGUAGUAACACAGAUCACUUACUGUUCUGGGUGGAGGAAGCUCUGGAAGACUCUUCUGU